ACGAAGGCACAACUGUACAGCAAGAGCAAGAGCAAGGUGUCACAAACAGCUGACUUGCCCCGCCCCGCCCCCGCCCCAGGACCCCCGUGGCUGAGGAAUGUGUGGCGUGCGGUUCAGCAGACUUGAGCCCCGAGUGUUGCGUCGCGCUGUGUGGACGCCAAGAACUGGUCUCCUGGCUGGUGGGACUUAGCGGGCCGGGGGUGCUGCUGUCACCGCCUAAAGCUUGAGAGUGCAGCCAACUGUACACAGCCAGGCAGUGGCUGAACAAAUAACAAGACCGCCUAUCAACACGGACUCUAGAUUCUAAGAUUAAAGAUAAGCCCCGGGAGGACAGCAUGAGCCAAUGCAAGAUGGUGCCACAAUAAACACUCGCCUGCACCAGAACGGGCUGGGCCGACCAUCAGGACCCUCCAGGAAGAAGCUUUGGACCGACCAUUAGGAUCCACCGGGAAGAAGCCUACCGGCGCAAUAGGCCAAGACAAAACAUGGAACUGAACUUGUCAAGAGUAGAUUACAUGCAAGUGGGCCUCACUUCUCCUCGCUGCCUCAAGGUCUUGCCAUCAGGAACUACAAAAGCCCAACAGAAGGUGGUGGUUGGGGACCAUGAUGGCAUGAUCCAGCUCUUCUCCAUGAAGCGAGGGGAGGUGCAGUUUGGCUUUCAGACGCAGGCUGCCAAAAGCAUCACUCGUCUUGAACUGGGAGGAGCACUUGGAACAGUAAAGGACAAAAUUUUUGUCUCAAGUGGCAAUGAGGUUCGAGGCUACACAAAAAAGGGAAAGCAGUUUUUAGGUUUUGACACAAAUUUAAUGGAGGAAAUCAAAUCAAUGCAUAUCAGUGGGAGUGACUUGUUGGUGUGUGGGGACUAUGUCUACAAUCACUACCACGACUGCCAAGAUGUAAAUUACUUCUUGGCUGCAGACAAGAUAAAUGACCUUAUUGCACUGCCUGCUGAAAAGAUGAAAACACUUGUGCCGGUGCUGGCGUGUGAGGACCGUUUGCUGAGGGUGAUGCGAGACUCUGAUGUUUUGUACUCGGUGGAACUGCCAGCACCUCCAACCUCCCUCCAGCUCUUCUAUAAUGAUGGCGGGGAGAACGGUGACCAACUCCUCUAUGGCACUUCAGAUGGGAAGAUUGGCCUUGUGCAGCUUGGCAGAGGGUCAGCCAUUCAUCGGUGGGUGUGUGAAGGUGGUGGCGGAGCAGGUGGCAACGGCACAUCCCGGCGUGGAGGUGUGACCAGCAUGGAUCAUCACGACAUGACUGGAGAUGGCAUUCGGGACCUCAUUGUGGGGAGAGAUGAUGGGUCAUUAGAAGUAUACUCUUAUGAGGAUGGGGAUGAAUCGGAGCCAACGAUGAGGUUUUCUAUGGCAUGUAAUGAAAGUGUUACAUCAGUGCAGGGAGCAGUUGUAGGAAAUACUGGAUACGAUGAAAUUGUUGCAUCAACUUAUACAGGUUGGAUUUUUGGAGCCACCACGGAGCCUAUGGACCGCCACAUGACCUCAGAGUCUGGGGUUGUGCAGAUAUCUCAGGACUCAAAACUCAAGAUACAGAAACUGAGGACUGAGAUAGAUGAUCUGCAGACGAGAGUGUUGCGUGAGCGUGACCAGUACCAAGCAGCCACCCAGAGUGCAUUUCCUGGCAUUUCUGCAGUGCCUUUCUUUUCCAUUAAUGACAAGAUGACCUUGAAUCGUAGUGAUGCCUCCUACCUCUUGGGCUUGGAGGUUCAGACGGCAAUAGACAAUGUGCUGCUGCAGAGUGAUGUGCCUAUUGACCUUCUGGAUGUGGAGAAGAACUCUGCCGUUGUCAGCUACAGUACCUGUGACACUGAUAGUGGAAACUUCUUGCUUGCAACAUAUCGGUGUCAGGCCAAUACAACUCGCUUGGAGGUACGAAUAAGGACCAUUGAAGGGCAGUAUGGCACGCUGCAGGCCUACAUCACCCCCAGACUUCAGCCUAAGUGUUGCCAGGUUCGGCAGUACCGCAUCAAGCCUUUGUCCCUCCACUCCCGUACCCAUUCCUUUGACCCCAACCGUCCCUACAAUGUGCUGACCCUCAGGGGACAGUUCACCUUGCCUGAAAUGCAUUCCUGGGUGGUGUUUUGUCUGCCUGAGCUGCCGGAGAGGACACCUGCUGGGGAGCAGGCUGAGUUCACCUUUGUCUCCACCUUCCUUGAGACUCAGUUGCAUUGUGUCUAUAGUGCAAAGGAAGCUGUCUUCAAGUCAGACAAUAUCUCAACUAUAUCCAUUCUCAAAGAUGUGCUCACCAAGGAAGCCACACGUAAAAAAGUUCAGCUAGACAUCUCUUGUGAGGUCAGUGAGGAGAGUGUGGUGCACGCCCUGCAGCUCCUGCACCCACAGCUUGGUGCUCAGCUCAUGUUGGCAAAACAGGUAUCACUAAUAGAUGCUCUGCGAGAGUUAAGUUCCCAUGAGUCUGAUACAAGCUUCCUCUCCCCUGAGUACCAGUACAUACUAGACAAUGCUGACGACUUGCAGGCUCAGUAUCGGAAGCAACCAUGUCACUUGGAGCGCCUCUACGGUAUGAUUACAGACUUAUACAUUGACAAGUACAAAUUCAAGGGUAUCAACGUUAAGAGCCGUGUUCCGCAGCUUUUGGAAAUACUGGACAACUAUGGUAACCUGAGCAUUCAACACCUAACAGACUUCUUUCAAGCGCAGUAGAUGGAGCACUCACAUUCAUAUAAAGUCAAUUUCUAGUCAAAACUUCAGUUGUAUUUCAACUUCUGAUUAUCUCACUGUGAUAGAGUUCAAGUUCAAUUGAUGUCCGUCCAAAGUAGAAAAUAAGUUAUGAUUAAAGAAACCUGGUGUUGGUGGUAAGUUGUAGGAACAUAAGAACAUAAGGAGUCUGCAAGAGGCUGGUUGGCCUGUACAAGACAGCUCCUGUAAACCUAACCUCACUAUCCAUGAAUUAAUCCAACCUCUUCUUGAAUAUAACCAUGGUAUUGGCACUCACAUGACUGCCAAGCCUGUUCCACUCAUCCACGACUGUUCUUACCUAUGUUUUUGUUGAAUCUGAAUUUAACUUGAGCCCAUUACUACGUGUCCCACUCGGCUCUUUUACAACCAAAACAAACCCUAUUAACAUUCCCCUUAUUAAACCCCUUCAUCCAUUUAUAAACUCCAGUUGUCUCCUCGUAACCUUUUCUUUCUAGGGUUGUUUGUCAAAUCAUCAGUAGUCCACCACUCAAUUUUUACUCAUAAGAAAAAAUAAUAAAUAAAUAGUCACUGGGGUAAUAAAGAUUGAUAAACAACA